AUGGCGUCCCCCCUUCUCCGCGUUUGCGGCCUUCCCGCCCUCCCUUCACGACUUUUUUCGUCUUCCCCCGCUCCUCUGUACGGCUCCGUUCCUCUCUCCGCCGCUCUCGUGUCUCCCUUUCUCGCACCCUUGCUGGCUUCUGCGCCGCCACCGUCUACCGCUGUCGCGCUUCGUGCGGUUUCUCUCUCUCACCGACGGCUGGGCUCAUCCGAACGCCCCUCUGUCUUUGCGUCUUUUGCCGCAACAAGGGUAGCUGCGAGCGGGACGCGCACGCAACGCCUCAGCGAUCACUUUGUUUACCACAAAACCCUCGAGAAGUCUCCCGCGACUCGCACACUGCCCACCCCCUCUCCGUCUGCCGCUUCCGCCCCGCCAGCUUUGUCUCUGUUUCGUCGGCUUCAGCAUGCGCUCUUUCUUUCUGUGUUAACGCGGCGGAAAUCUUCUGCGCUCGCGCGAAUCGCGUGGCGGCUCUUUUUUUCUCGGGCCCCCGAGCGCCUCCUCGCGGCGAAGCGCAUGGCCAGCGAGGCCGACGGCCGCGGCUUCACCGCCUUUUCGCAACUCGAGGCGGCAAAGAAGGCGCGCAAGAAAUCGGAAACGAAGAUCCUCUCGGUCGCCCUCGGGUGCGGCGCCGUGACGCUCUCAGUCGCUGGCCUCUUGUACGUAGUCGCCACGUGGUACCAGGAACCGUUGAUCCGCGUGGGGGUGCACUAUCGAGAUAGAGAGAAACCGGGAGAGCCAACCACAAUCGUUGCCUGA